UUUUAGGAAUUUGAUUGAUUUUUGAACACUAUAAAUUUUGGAACUUCAACUAAGAGGGAAAAUAUGCACAGUUCAGAACGACACUCGGUCCGUUCAAUCCGCAGUCACGCGUCACUCAUGAACAACAGUCGCUGGUCGCGACGCGACACUCCACCCUCGCUGACGCGACUACACAGUCACUCGAGCGACAUGCGACUCAGUCACUCGAGCGACAUGCGACUCAGUCGCACGAGUGACAAUAAGCCACUCAGUCGCACUAGCGACAACAGUCAUCGCCGCAGCACUGUGUCGUUUGCUUCGGAUGUCACCAAUGUGGACUUUCUUUCCGAAAUCGCCGAAUCGGACGAGAAGAGCGACGCACCUUGGGAUGUGGUUGUCAAUCUGGACGAAAGUGAUAUCCGAACCAGGGAAGAGUAUAAACAGUCACAAAAACAAAUCAUGGUAUUAAAUUUCAUCAAUGGUGCUGAGGAAAAAGUAGCAGUUUGGAGACCUCCAGCUAAUAAGACGUCCAAAGACCUGAAUAAAAUGCCUCUGGCAAUUAGAGCAGCUUUCAUUGAAGAUAUGGUGGCAUCCCGAUUCUGCAAAUGGCUGCGAGGUCUGGGAGGCAGGACGCCGAAUCUGGACGAGAAAAGUCUGAAGGAGCUGUUCCAGAUUGGCAUAGUCAAUCCGACAUCGGCGUCCAUCAGGACAAUCUGCGAAGAACGCACCUUCAUACCGGAUCUGGUUGCUGAGAAACUCAAUUUGCCAGAGAAAACACUGCUGAACCAGUUGCAACGGCAGCUAGAGUGGGACAUGUGGGCGGAGAGGCGACCCGAGCGAACGAAGGCAUUCGGCAAAAUGGUGGAGCCGUGCGACCAGUUCCGGCCACCCAACAACCACACUCGCCAAACGUGGUUGGCCUGUCACUCCAUACCCAAGCACAUGCAGCAGUACACCCAGGUGGCUUACAACAGUAUCAUGGCUGCUAGGGGAUCAAGGGAUUCAAGUUGAUCACAAGUUUUAUGAGAUGGAUACAAUAUUGUUUUUGAAGAAUUCUGAUGGUUGUGCAUGCAAAAUUAUAACAUAUAUCAUCUUUGAUUCGUGGUGGUGGUCUUUUUUUAUUUAUCUUUUUCAAUUUUUUAUGUUUCUUUGGCAGUAGAGAGAGUUUAAAUUACAUAUCUUCAGAGGUGAUAUUUCGUAUGUUUUAUUGUUGUCUGUGAUUUUAUUGUUUAUAAAAUUUACACUGUUUUCAGAAAUUUUGUAGAACUUCCCCAUGAUGAGGUGAAAAAGUAGAUUUGACAAUAUUUAAUAAAAACGAUAUAC